UUUGCUACGGGUAGCAGGCGACACGUGUGUUGCUGCCAAAGAAGCAUUAAGUUGAUCGUAUUCUUACGAUGCUGAAUUGCAUUUGUUGUGUAUUUGUAGUAAAGUAAGUACGACACGCCAUAAAUAUAUUGGUACGUUUAUUUGGCAAACUACGGGGAGACUGACUCUAAUCAGCUAGCGGCUAAGUUAGCACACAGCUACUGUGAAGCAGGCACUUUUUGAGUGUUCCAUCAUGGCUGAUGCGUUCAGUAGCAGCUCAGAAAACGUAAUUCAGCGUGUGGUAGAAGUUACGGUGAAGACAAGCACUCCUGUGGAGAAACUGGACGAGUUGUAUCAGAUCAAGGAGACUUGCGACUUCAUCCGUGAGCAUCAGUUCAAAAAGGUUGCUCUGCAGUUUCCUGACGAGCUGUUAGUGGAUUCAGUUGCGAUUGCGGAGGAGAUUGAGAGAAACAGUGGUGCCAAGUCGUAUAUUUUGGGAGAUACAUCCUAUGGCAGCUGCUGUGUGGACGAGGUAGCUGCGGAGCACGUUGGAGCUGACUUCAUCGUCCACUACGGCAGCGCUUGCCUCAGUCCGUCCAAACGUCUGCCUUUGAAGUACAUCUUUGAGAGGCGCCCUGUGGACGUGGAGAAGUGUGCCUCCUCCUUCAGAGAACUCUACCCCGACACACAGAGUCACAUCAUCGUCCUCUAUGACGUCAACUACGUUCAUGCUAUUGAUGACCUCCUGACAGUUUUAUCUCCGGAGUAUCCAAACCUUGUCGCCUCAGAGCUUGUUGUCGAAGGGGAGCAGUGUUACAGUCAUGGCCGGGUUAAAAAGCGUCUCUCUGAGGAAGACAGCAGCAACGUUAUCCGUCAGCUGGGAAGACAGAUCUCCUUGAAAAGUGGUUCAAGUAUAACGGAUUACAACAUGUUCUAUGUAGGCCAGGAAGGAGCAACCCUGCGAAACUUCAUGAUGACGUGGAAUCGCUGCUCGUUUUGCUCUUUUGACCCCGUGACAAUGAAGGGCAGGGCCGAGUCAGUGAGCAUCAACCGUGCGCUCAUGAAGAGAUAUUACGCCAUAGAAAGGGCCAAGGACGCCCGAGUGGUUGGCAUCCUGGUCGGCACCCUGGGGGUGGCCGACUACCUCACCAUCAUCGAGCAGUUGAAGGAGACGAUACGCAGAGCUGGCAAGAAGAGCUACAUGUUCGCCAUGGGGAAACUGAACGUACCCAAGCUGGCAAACUUUCUGGAAAUCGACAUCUUUGUGUUAAUUGCUUGUCCCGAGAACUCGCUUCUGGAUUCGAGCGAGUUCUAUAAGCCUGUCGUGACUCCGUUUGAGAUGGAGGUGGCCUGCAACAAGAAGAGGGAGUGGUCGGAGGAGUACGUCACAGACUUUCGAUGUCUGCUUCCAGGUGGAGGGAGUCACGUGCCUUUGGCUGAUCAGCAGCAGGGGGAGGAGGAGGAUGAUGGCACUGACGUUUCAUUAAUCACCGGAGCUCUGCGGAGCCAUAAUCUGCUGAACAGUGAGCCUGUAGAGUCAGCGUAUGGAUCCUCCGUGGUCCUGAGGAACCAGACGAUGACUGUAGCCAACACAAACUCGGCUGCAUCUUUUCUGGCAGGUCGAAGCUGGCGUGGCUUAGAGCCCAAGUUGGGGGAGACACCUGUGGUAAAGGCAGUAGAGGGAAGGAGAGGUAUAGCUAUAGCCUACGAAGAGGAGGGAACCGCUUCAUAAUAAUUUACCACCACAACAACGUCCUCAACACAUUAUUUAUUAAUUAACAAAUGCACCAAAUGUAUAGUAUACAACUUGUAAUCACUGGAAACUGUAAGUAUGUAUGAUUAUGGUUUUCAUUAAACAUGUUUUAUUUUGUAAAUCA